AUGUCCCAAUCGAACCCUAUCUUACGUGGUCUCGCCAUUACAACAGCCAUAGCUGCUCUAUCAGCCACCGGUUAUGCUAUCUACUUUGACUAUCAAAGAAGAAACAGCCCGCAAUUCAGAAAAGUGUUGAGACAAAGGGCCAAAGAACAGGCCAAGAUGGAAGAAGAAGCUAAAAGUCACGCUAAAGAAAUGAAGCUGCAAAAAGUUACCGAAUUCUUAUCUAUGGAAUUGGCCAAAGACCCUAUUCCUAGUGAUCCCUCUGAAAGAGAGGCUACAUUCACUACCAACGUAGAAAAUGGGGAGAGAUUAUCCAUGCAACAAGGUAAGGAACUGGAAGCUGCUUCUAAAUUUUAUAAAGCAUUGACUGUAUACCCCCAGCCAGCCGAUCUGUUGGGCAUUUACCAAAGAUCCAUUCCUGAAGCCAUUUACGAAUAUAUUAUAUUAAUGAUUGCCAUCUUGCCUCCUGCCAAUGUGGCUUCUUUCGUUAAAGGUGUUGUUGGAAGUAAGGCCGAGUCUGAUGCGGUUGCUGAAGCUAACGAUAUCGAUGACUAA